AUGUCGUUGGUAAAGCUGGAAUCAUCUGAUGGUGUAGUUUACAGUCUUCCAAGUGACGUUGCUACUCUCUCAUCACUCGUUCAAGAUGUUAUUGUCCAUUGUCCAGAAGAUGGGAAUGCAACCAUACCACUGCCCAAAGUUCCUGACGUUGCCCUUGGACCUGUAGUGGAAUGGAUGCGACGAAAAAACCAGGUUUCUUCCCAGUUUGCUGCCGCAUCCUCUCGGUGUACACAUGGCAACACAGACUGCGAUUAUGAUGGAAAGGAUUCGGAGUUGUCGAACUGGGAGCGUACGUUUUUCCACGAUCUCAACAAGGAUGUACUUUUUAUGGUGCUGAAUACUGCUAAUUAUAUGGGGAUUUCUGGCCUCGUUGGCGCAGGAUCAAGUUACAUAGCGGAAAUGAUUUCGGGUAUGACGUUAGAAGAAACAAGAGCAUAUCUGAAUGUACCUCCGAACCAGGAUAACGAGGAUGAGCAACUCCGAAAGAAAUAUCCUUGGCUCCUUCUCUAG